UGAACAGAUGAGAAACACAUCUCUUCGUGCACUCCGAGAGUUUUCGAGUAUUUUUGGUUGUUUUUUCCCGUAUUAAUUUUGAAAAUCUAUAUCAUCGUAAUCCUUAUUGCCUGUACUAUCCGAUAUAGUUGGAUUUUUUGAUUUUUAUUGAGAGACUGAAGUGGUUUUCCUUGAUUAAUUAACAUUUCGUUUGUCACGGAUUGAUAAAACAUGCCGGUCAACUGUGUGUCAUGUCGUACACCCGGUAGCAGAAACAAGCCGGCUGUGCGAUGUUUUUCUUGUAAUAACGAGAUACAUUUGUCUUGCCUCGGAGUGCAGUCCAAUGUUUUGAAGAAUUUUGGAGAUGCCGGAGGAAUUAAAUGGGUUUGCAGCGAGUGCUCUUCUGGAUCGGCCACUUCUAGCUAUGUUAAUAUCGGAGGGAAGCUUGAUAAAAUUGUAUCGGACCUAGCUUCUAUAACCAGUCAGCAAUCCGAGUUCAUUAGGUCUCUUAACUAUUUUGGACAAAAAAUUGAUGACUUCGAGUCUAAAUUGGUAACCUUCGAGAAGAUAAAUGACAGGCUGGAUGGGAUGGAUGUUCGUCUUGGAACUUUGGAGAGGGAAAACAUGAGGCUUCAUCAAGAGGUCAAUAUUUUGCAGCAACAGUUGAAGGCGAGGUCCUUAGAUAUUGUCGGGGUUCCCGAGAGGAAGAAUGAGAAUGUAUCAAGUAUUGUUGAGAGGAUUGCACUGAGACUUAAUAUUUCCAAUAUAAAAGAUUUUGUUGAGGGUUGUCACCGAAUUCAUUUCAUGCCGAGGAAAGAUAAUAACAGACCCAUUGUGAUUGACUUCAAGAGCAAGUCAUACCGGGACAAUUUCCUGCGAGCCUACAAGGGUAAAAAAGAUACCAUUAGGUCGAGCGACAUUGGUUUUGAAGGCGUCGAGACUACUAUUUACGUUAAUGAAAGUCUUUCGAAGGAUAGCAGAAGUUUGUUUAAUACUACAAGGAAAUUUGCCAAGGACAAUAAGUUCAAAUUCUGCUGGGUCCAAGAUGGAAGAGUUUUGUUGAGAAGGGACGAAACCUCCAAAAUAUUGCGUGUUACCUCAGAAAAAGAUUUGGCGAAGUUGCCUCAGUAG